UGAAUACAUUUGAAAAUUCUUCUGUGAAUAAUAAUUCACAAAUGGUCAUAAAUGAUGAUGAUAUAUGUUCAGAAGCUCUUUUAGACAAUCAAUCAGAUAAAUCUCUAAUAACAGAAUACGCCUCUGCAUUUGAAAAGGAUGAUGAUGAAACAGAUCUUAUACAAGAGGAAAGCUGGAAAGUUAUGUCAUCAUUUUUCAAAAAAUAA